GUCGUAUUGAAAGGAUGAGUUCCAGAACAGGGCUACAAAUCAACAUAACAAAGGCUCUUUAGGUUAAGUAAUGAUUGGACUUUCAGAAAAAUCAAUAUGGAAGGUUUUAUUGCUAAGUCUCAGUUCAUCUGUGGUAUCAGAAGUAGAAGGGUGGUUCAAGCCAUGGCUUUCAUGGUUGCUGCUGUUUUAAUCCUUCAAACCUUCACACUUCCCUCUAGAAUUUACUUUUCACCACAUUUUCCUUCUUCCAAUUUACCUGCAAAUGAUGAGGGGAGCUCCCAAAAUAAGGACAUUUCUUCUCAGUCCUUAAGCCUUGGAGGACUCUCUAUUUCAAGUGAUUCACAGAAUUUGAUUAAUUCAAUAAAGGUUUUCAAGGAACCAAAUCAUGGUUUUAGCAUCAAAAAAAUGGAUGAAGAGUUAGAAAAAGAUGAGGACCCUAACAGUAAUAUUGAACUCGAUGAAUAUGAAGAAUCUGAUAUGGAGUUCUCAGUCCAUCUUGAAGAUGACAACAUUUUAAAGACUGUUAAGAAUUCGGAAGAUAGUUUUCUUUUACUAGAAGAAGGAAAAAGCAAAGAAAAUAAUCCUUCGGUUGUUGAGCAAACACAAAUUAUAGGCAAUGAGUUGGAGAAAAAACAAGCACUUAAUAUUGAUGAAGCUUUAACGGCAUCUGAGAGUUUACCAACCAUAUUACAUGACAAUGGAAGUAUCAUUAACACCUUGAGGAGGAAGAAGAAGAUGGAAAUGCCGCCACUAUCAAUGUCUGAGAUGAACAUUCUACUGCUUAAAAAUCGUGCUUCUCGCCGUUCAAUGAGACCUCGAUGGUCAUCAGCAGUUGACAAGCAGAUAUUGGCUGCCAAGAAAGAGGUUGAAAAAGCUCGACCCAUAGAAAAUGAUCGACUCCUCUUUGCUCCAUUGUUCCGUGACAUUUCAAAGUUUACGAAGAGCUAUGAACUCAUGGAGAAGACUCUUAAGAUUUAUAUAUAUCAAGAAGGAAAAAAGCCAAUAUUCCAUCAACCCCUCCUUGGAAGCAUUUAUGCCUCGGAAGGAUGGUUCAUGAAACUCAUGGAGAGCAAUAAUCAGUAUCUUGUUAAAGACCCCACGCAGGCUCAUCUCUUCUACAUGCCAUUCAGCUCUCGUCUGCUGCAGUUGUCUCUUUAUGUGCCCAAUUCUCACAAUCGAACGAACUUAAGAAAACAUCUUAAGGAUUAUGUAGAUAUAAUUUCAGCAAAAUAUCCUUUCUGGAAUAGAACAGGCGGAGCUGACCAUUUUCUUGCUGCUUGUCAUGACUGGGCCCUAUAUGACACCAAAAACACCAUGGAUCACAGCAUCCGCGCGCUCUGUGUUGCUGAUCUCAGCAUCGGAUUUCACUUAGGCAGAGAUGUCUGUCUUCCUCAGACCCACGUACGAACACCAAAGAACCCUCUGAAAGACCUCGGUGGAAAGCCAUGGAACCAAAGGCCGCUCCUUUGCUUCUAUGCUGGAAGCUUGCACGGCAAUCUUCGCUCCAUUCUGCUGAAGCAUUGGGCGAACAAUGACCCCGACAUGAAGAUCUUCAGCCCGUCGGCAUUUCGUAUGGAGAAGAGCAAGAUGAGCUAUAUCCAAUACAUGAAGAGCAGCAAAUACUGCAUCUGCCCGCGGGGCUAUGAGGCCAACAGUCCGAGAUUAGUGGAGUCCAUCUUUUUUGAAUGUGUUCCUGUGAUAAUAGCAGACAAUUAUGUGCCUCCUUUCUUCGAGGUGCUGAAUUGGGAGAAGUUCUCGGUUAUUGUUCCUGAGAAGGAUGUCCCCAGGCUUAAAGAAAUACUGGUUUCGAUUCCUGAGUCAGAGUAUAGGGAGUUGCAGAGAGGGGUGAAGAAGGUUCAGCAGCACUUAUGGCAUAUCAAGCCUGUGAAAUAUGAUUUGUUUCAUAUGAUACUUCACUCUAUUUGGUUUAAUAGAGUUUAUAAUAUAAAGCCUAGAUGAAGAGAGACUCUCAUUUGGUUUUGAGUAUGGGAUUAAUUUGUAAACUGUUUGUAACAUAAUUGAUGUUUUCUUGGCAUCUUCUAUUGUAUUUUCAGGGACUAAGCUUUUGUGAUUAUCUGUUCUAGGAUUUUGAGGAGAUCUUAAAGU